AUUUUCCUAAUGCAAGUUUAUGAAUAGUCAGAUUUAGACUGUAUCUUUUGUACAAGGUUCAAUGUUAAUUACGACGUCGUAUUACAUAAGUAAUGUGGAGACAUUUGGAGGUGCAGCGGUAAGCGUGUUCGAUUUACGGUUGAGGAGUUCGAGCAACGUUCACAAAGGUCGAACAUAGGAUGGAACCCUCACCACGAAUAUGAGCGUUAUGACCCAUAUGACCCAUAAGACAAUGCGCACACCGCAGAAUUUACGAGGUCGGUUUUUCUGGGAAAGUCGCAUGAAGAAGAUCACCCUUCCAAUUAUGUUGACGCCUUGGAAUAUGUGCUUCCAGUCCAUCGUCCUCCUCUCGGUUAUAUACAACUUCGUCGUUCAACUCCUCCUGGGGUAUUACCUCUCAGGGAAACAGCUUGGCUUAGAAAUCAGCGUGAUGGUAACUGAACUGUUCUUUGUGUGCGAUGUUCUGGUGCAUCUUCUGCAUUUCUUCUGGCCUCUGGUCCGCUUGAACCUAAGGGUGUACCGAAGAAAUUCGUUUUUCUUACUGUAUGAUGUUAUAAGCAUUAUACCUUUGACGUUGAUAUUUAAACUAAAAGGAUACACGCAAAUGGUUUUAGUUGGGAGAUGGUUCGUCAUUUGCCGAAUAUAUAGAUUGUUUAGUUUUUUCAAGCAAAUCAAUGAGAAUGUCCGCCAUUUUCGGAUGCAGAUAUAUAUUGCGGAGCACAUGCUGUGCACAGUUCUGUUUAUGCAUGCCAGCACGUGCCUCUGGUAUGGUCUGCACAAAGACAAGGCCUUGUUACAGCCGUGGUACAACAUUGGCUAUCCACCGCACGUGAAUUCACGAAACAUAACAUUCGAUACAUACCUAUCAUGUUUCUAUUACUCAGCAUGCCGCAUCUUCAAUGUAAUAUUCGGAGAUCUCUUUCCCAUGCGAAGCGCAGAGAAAUUGUUGACAGCGUUCAUAAUGUUUAUUGGGUACAUUUUCACGCGAUACGUGUUUAUCGGUUACUUAGCAUGGGAACUGGCAUUAAAGAACAGGCGCAGAUCGACUUUUGUUGAUAGAUAUCACCACAUGAUAAGGUACCUCAAGUUCCACAAAGCACCGGCCUGGCUCAUCGAACAAGCAGCCAAAUACAAACUGCAGCUGUGGGAGAUGAAAGACGGCGUACUGACGUCAAACGAAUUGAAGAAAUUGCCACUACCUCUACAGAUGGAGCUGAUAUUCGAUAUUAACGUUGGAGAUUUCCAUAAUACCCUACUGUUUAAAAAUGCCGACGAAUCUUUCCUGCGUCAGAUAUCAUUACUGAUGCGCCAUGAAAUCUUCCUUGCGGGUCAGCACGUUUGGAGUCAAGGUGUGGUGAAGAACGGAAUGAUCUGUGUGAAACGAGGCGUCAUCGAGAUGCUUUCUGAUGAAGAUGAUGAAAGUCCCAUGAUAGCUUUCAAAACAGGCACCGUGUUGGGGGAGUUAGCCUUGUUUUAUUCAAUUCCGGCAAAAGUUACGGUGAAAGCGGCUACUUAUAUCGAACUCCAAGUACUGCGACGUACGGAUUUCAUGCGUGUUAUAGCUGAACAUCCCGUUAUGCUACAGCAUAUACGAGAGAAAAUCUACAAUAGGUUACACUCGACGAGAAAAAGGCAGGAAGCAAUAACUCAAUACGACAAAGGCGAUUCGAGACUAAUUCGAACUCGUUACCGUCCUAUGAAAGUGCUCAAAGACAAUUUAGCAGAAGUGGAGGAAGAGGAUCCGACCUUUGUAGACGACUCUCACAUGUAUUACAAAGACGAGAAUAAUGUUCGCCAACCGAAGUUCACGUCGGAAUAUUUGGAGUUGUAUCAAUUAUCGAAUAACGUCACAACCAUCGAAGCACCUCGCAUCUGCUUGAGAGCGAGUUUUCCUUGGAUCUUGGAGCCAAAUACGACUUUUACUCACAUGUUUGAGAUCGGCCAUUUCGCUACGGUUAUUUACCUGUGUAUAAUGUCUCCUCACUAUGCAAUUCAAAAUGAACAAUCGGAGAUAGAAAUAAUUUUUACUACUGUAGUAACGGCUGGGAUGCUACUGAACAUUUACAUCCAGUUAACUACGGCCAUCGUUGAUAAGAACGUCAAAAAGGUUACAGUCAAGGAAAUAGCGGAAGUGAAAAUGGCCACGCUCGGUUUCUACUUGGAUAUCCUUUCGUUGUUUCCUGCUCACAUCUUCACCGACACCUUGGACCCGAACGGGGAAUCCAUGUCAGCUCAGAUUGUGAAACUGUUCCCCAUUCUUCAAGUUUGGCAUAUCUGGGACUAUUUCAACAAAUGGAUGAAGAAUUUCGACUGUAACAUUAAGCUGCUGACUCUGAUAAAGUAUUGCAUAUUGUUAAUCAUCUUUUGCUAUUGGUCAGGAUGUUUCCUUUAUCUCUUUGCUUGUCCCAGAAAAUUAUGCUUCGAGAAUUCCUGGAUGGCGCGUCUGAUUUACUGGGAGACAAAAAUGUUUAUGACGACUGACGCUAAACAUGACAAACCAUUAGCGUCAUCUUUCACGUUUGGAACAUCAACAUUCACUGGUUCUGGGACUUCAGAUAUAGCACCAGGAUCUGAUGAUUUAUUAAUAGUACUCCUCAUCUUUAUUUUAGGAUCUUAUCUAAGUUACAUAUACACUGCUCAAAUUUGCAGUUUAUAUUUACAAGAAAUGCAAAGGAAGUUAAAAUUUAAGGAGUCUAUGAGGGAGCUCUUCUACUUUCUAACAGUUAAUCACGUCAGCGAGAAGAUCAAAGCUCGCGUGAAGAAGUUUUUCUGUGUGCAGUGGUAUUACAACAAAGACGUCUCAACCAGAGAAAUAUUUGAAGAUAUGUCGUCGAAUAUACAACAAGAAGUGCUGUCUAUUGAAAUGGUUGAAACUUUACUCUUUUGUCCUAUAUUUCAGGAUUGCAGUCGAGACUUCCUUCAAACCGUAGCAGCGAAUAGCAGGACGAUUGUGUUGCCCGAUAACGAGAUUGUCCAACACGGAGGGGAUAUUGGAAGGGACAUGUAUAUAGUUCAAAAGGGUCAUUGCAAUCUUCUUGAUCAUCAAGGAAAAGUCAUCCAUACAAUAAGACCCGGUAAUAAUUUCGGCGUGAUGGAGAUGCUGUUUGGUUUGCCAAAGGUGUACACGGUGCUGACAACAACAAAUUGCAUUCUCCUGCAUGUGGAGUACAGCACGCUGGUGCAAUGCUGGGGCACCUUCCCGGAUAUCAGUCAUCCUAUAAUGACGGUCCUGGAAGACACCGAGCUCCGUCGCCAGUUAAAACAAUACGAGGAGGCGAAACCACUAACCGGUCGGAUGGAUACGAAAAUAAACAGGAUAGCGCAAGAGAUAAAAGAAAGUUUUGUUGUUCUAUCUGGGUGGAAUCGAGUUCAGUAUGUGAACACUUUCGAUAGGUUGGGAGUUAUGAAAUAUCUUAGGUAUGUGUUCCUGCCCGGAAGUAUCACUCCUCAUGGCAUGUUCCUCAAGUUCUGGUGCGCUUUGCGAUUUGUAUUGGCCGUCUACUAUAUUUUAACGAUUCCAUAUAAUUUUGCUACUCGACAAUAUAAAUACUCGUUUAUGUAUACAUGGCCAGAUAUAUUAUUGUAUAUCGAUGUAGUAGUGAUGGCGUAUGUGGCAUACUACAAUGAGAAAUCUUUGCUUGUGACUCAUCCGCUGCUGACCACCUCCCGCUAUUUGAAGAGUACGUUCAUCCUGGACAUUAUCAGUAUAUUUCCUCUCGAACAAGUGUUACGUAUAGUGAAUGAAAAUACUAAUAUGGAUUUAUACAGAAUGAAUCGGAUGUUACUUGUUACCAGGAUAAUGGGAGCUUUCAAUUACUGGGAGAGUGACAUAUUGAAUGUGAACCCUAUUGUGGUGUUGAUAAAGUUCCUGCCCAUAGCGGUGACUGUCGUCAACUUUGCCACCGCCAUAAUUUUCACACAAUCUUGUACUCCGUUUUUAGAAAGAAGAAAUAAUACUGUAAUGGCUCGCUGUAUGAGGGUUUUAGUAAUAUCCGCCUCAAAGUUUGAUGAUAAAUAUGCUGCUGCGGAAUAUACAAAUACGUUUUUUUGGGUAUUCGAAAUAUUUAUUGGAUGCGGUUGCACACCAGCUGCGUUAUCGAAUAACGUAAUGCUGAGAACGUGCCUUACAGUAACGGGCUAUCUAUACUUCGCGUUUGUCUUUGGUUACGUCGCUUCUUCGAGGUCUACCCAGGCGCACGCGCUUUUGGAGCACUCGAAAAUAUGCCGUGGAUUGAACACUGCUUUGAUGGAAGAUACCCUGGUGUUUAUGUACGAGAAGGCGUUACGUGAAGUGCCAAUCUUUGGGAGAGUAGAGCGCUCCUUCAUCAGAGUAUUCACGCAGCAUGUUCGCGAGAUGUACUUCCUUAAGGGAGACAUUGUCAUACAGUGCCACGAUGUGCAGCCGUAUAUUUACAUUAUUUAUAGAGGAAAGGUCGAUGUUCUGUCGUCUUAUAAUGAAAUGAUAACUUGCAUGGGACCCGGAGGCAUGUUCGGAAACUUCUCUGGACAACCUAUUGCGUGCUCCAGUGUAGCCAUAUAUUCGAGUCGAAGCUUAGAUUUGCUGGUGAUAUCUAGCCAAACCUUCUUCAACCUCAUUAAAUACUAUCCCAAAAUACAGGAGCCCCUCAACAAAGCCUUACAAAUAUCGAAGGAUUAUAUAAUGCCCAUAACUAUGAACGUAACAAAUGACAGUUCCUCAGAGGAGUCUGAAGUAGAUGCAGUUUCCUUGGAAUCUGGACUUGAUUCUCGAAGUGAAUCUAGCAGAAGCUUUGGUCAGGUGGUGGCGACUAGUUCAAUAUCAGACGUCAGUCAGACGGCCAGAUCUGGUGCUAGUGUACUCACGAAUUAUAGUUACACAAGCAUCACGAAUCUACUGCGACCAGGCUCGUGGCUCUUCCAGGGCUUUGGAUAUAUGACAUGUCUGUUUGUAACUAUGAACUACGUGGUGUUGCUUUAUGAAUUGACAACUCUGAACGAUUGCAACAUCAUAUUCUGGUUGGAAGCGAUGUUCGAUAUUUUUUUUUAUUUUAAACUCUGCCUCACAAUACAUCAGGGUUAUGUAACCAAGCACGGUGAACUUGUGAUCGAUGCUCACAAAUGUAGAAAGCGAUAUGUCAGACACAAAACGUGGCUUUGGACUGACAUACUAGCAAAUCUACCACUCGAACUUUUCGGAUUUUGUUUUUCGAAUCCACUAAGAGCGAUGCAUUAUCUACGUGCUAAUAAACUACUCAGGUUGAAAUAUUUGAUUGAUUUCUGUCGGAAAACUGCAGGGGAACUUACGAAUAACUUGACAACUUUACAAGUUGUGAUCACAGUUAUAGUGGUGGUGCUCCUUAUUCACACAUUUGCGUGUGUGUGGCUGUUGACUUUGACAGGAAUAGCUCCCGUGAGCAAUAUUCGCACAUUGAAAUUGCAUCUCAUAGAUGAUGAUGCAUCGCACCGCCUCUGGGAUUAUAUAACCUCCAUUUACAUAGUGAUUGCCGAGUUAACCAUGACAGGCAGCGACGAGUAUGUGAUCGACACGGUGGUAUGCAUGUCCAUCAUGGUCGUGUGUCUGAUAUGCGGCAAAAUGUUGGCAACCACAGUGGUCGCCACUUCUAUACAGGUUGCGUAUUCUACGAAGUACGCUUUGACCACUUACGAGAUGGCCACGGCUGAACUCAUCGAUAUGCUAAAGAAUCAAGGACUCUCAAGUUACCAAUUGAAAAAGUUCUGGAAGUAUGUUCGACAGUUGUGGAUGACAGAGCGAGGUCGUCAGUUGCCAGAACUCCUUCGGCAGACGCCGUACGUGCGGCGCUGCGACCUCAUGUCGGCCAUGUUCGGACACUACCUUCGAAACUGUUACCUUUUCGCGGACAUGGAGCAAGCGUUCUUAAGACAACUGGCUUGUGCACUGGACUAUACCGUGUUCUUUCCGGGUAACUACAUAGUGGUGGCUGGCGACUGCGAUGCUCGUAUGUUUUGGGUGGCGUCUGGCAUCGUCUCCGUAGUAUCAGUGAGACCUGACCUCACUGAAACCACACACGAGACCCUUACCGUUGGCAAUGUAUUUGGUAUUCUCCAGGGAAUGAACCGAGGGAUAGCUCACUGCUUCUCUUACAGAGCGGAGAGUAAGGUGGCGAUAUUGACGCUCAGUCUUGACUCCAUUUCUAAUAUCCUUCCGUUUUUCCCGAGUGCACAGGCGACUAUUUUGGAGAAGGCUGAUGUCUUGUUCGCUCAACUUUAG